AUGGAGGAGCGAUCGGCGACAAAUGAUAUCGAUAUGGGUCUUUCCGACGAUGACCAUACUCCUCAGAUCUAUGCCGAGCCUCCCGCUCGCCUGGCCGCUCGUUUCUACAGAAAAUCAACCGCGCGUAGAAAAUCCUCGGCCAAUUCCUCCCGCCGAAGCUCACUCUCCUCCAUUCAUUCUCACUCCUCUGCCCUUUCCAGCCAUGGCGGACCUCACAGUUCACAUAUCGCACAGCACCUUCGUCGAGCAUCGAUCAUAGAGAGCAGGAAAGCUCGGCUGGCCGAUAGAGCUGCUCAUGCUGAACAGGUCAGGCUACGCGCGGCUACGGCCAAGGCGUCCCAAAGAAAUGCGUACAGUGAGGAGAAAUCUCUGGCGGCUCAAGCAGCCCGAGAAAAACUACUUGCGGAUAUCGCUGCCCGGUGCGAGGAAGAAGUGCGGAGAGCGAAAAAGAUCGCGGGGGAAACCAAAGAGAAAAAGGCAGCAGAGUUGGCCAGGCUCAAGGAAGAAAUGGCCGAGAAGUUCGCAGAGGCGGCUCGCCGGAAAUCGCUCUAUCAACAAGGCUUGAGGCGACCAAGAUCAGGAUCUCUGGCUGCCGUGGAGGAAAGGAAAGCUGCCCCGGUCACACUCAAACGUUCAAAUCGUACCUAUGCGGCCAAGGUCAUUCAACGCGCCUGGAGACUGCACCAAAGGCGCAAGGUCCUUGCCGAUUUCGCUAGGUUACAGUUGAAUCUGGCAAGUGCUAAAGAGCUUUCAUUCGAGGACCUCACAAGAUUGGUCGCUACGGAGCGAACCACCACCGCCGCUACGGCACUGCUACGGCACCUAGGGGUUUUGGAAGUCGUUCAAGAAGAAACAGAAUCGGUUCGAAUCUUCCUCAGCUCCUAUGUUAUCUUGGCGCAUCCCGUUCCAUCCUUAAGUCAUGCUGGAAAUGAUCCCCAGGAACAGCAGCUGAUUGAGAAAGCCAAAGUUUUGGUGGAAUAUUUCGAGUCAUAUUUGAGGAAAACGUCAGCUCGUCCCCAUCUUGCCACUUUGGCUUCAAUCACAGAGCCUCUCGGGUUUUACUUCAACGAUUUCUGCUCUACCUUCGAUGCAUGGAAAAGCAAAGAUCUCAAUGUUCUGGUCGAUGUAAUGGUUAGCUCUUUCGUCAAUCUGGACCUAAUCUUACAAGCAACCAAAAACGACCGUGCCGGCCACGUGGCGGAUGACUAUCUCGAUGCUGUCAGACAAGAACAGAUCAAGUUGCUCGCAAGGCUAAAGAGACUUGCUGGAUCUGAAGAAGCUCUCUCUCGUGUUAGGCUUGCGGUGAGAAAGGCCCGCAAACAGUACGCUUCCGAGAACCGACGAAAGGAGUUGAAGCAAGUGCCCAGAGCCACAGGCCCCACCACCGAAGCAACCAACAGCGCUCAACCGGCACCAAUAACACCUCCCGCAACCCCAAGAUCGGAUGUUCGAGAGCAAUCUCCAAAGACCUCGUCCAUCACAGACAGCCUUGGACAGAUAAUGACUGUUCUGCCUUCAAACCGGGAGAUUGCACAUGAAAUCCAGAUCAACGGCACCUUUGAAGUUCAACAGCGCCCUUGGACUGAUGCUAGAAAGGACUUGAUGGAUUCUCUCCAAACAAGCAUGCGGAAUAGUAUGCAAGACGGCAGUGGACUGGCUACCACGAGAUGGACCCACGCAAUGGCAGUUCUGAUUCGAGAGAAAUUGAUCAAUCUUGUCAGUCCACGACACCCGCUGUAUGAUCGAAUCGACGGCUUUCUGGAUCCAACUUUGAUCACUCAGCAAUGUCGCAACGGAAUGUUUUCUUAUGAUUCCUUUUUCGAGACCAUUGCUAGAAUAAUUGCUCAAAUCUGCUCGCCAGGUCGUGAUGAGGCCGUUGCAGCAUUCUCAUCGAGCAGAGGUGAUACCAUCGAGCGACUUUUUGAUCUCAUCAACAUCAUUGAUCUCAUGACCUUGGAUCACAUCAAUUUCCAGUUCCGACUUGCAUCGCAAUCCGUAGCUGAACGGGGUCACGAACAUGAAAUAGUCUCCUUCGAACGCGAACUACAAGACGAGGUUCAUUCGUUGGAACGAACGAAGCAUUGGUGGGAGACUGCAACGUCAAAUUUAUCGCCGGCGAACCUGAAUGGUAACUCUAUUUAUGCCCGAGGACUGGUUGACCUUGUUUUCCGCAAUGCACACUUGGAAUAUCAAGAUUUUCCAGAGACACUGCAGCUCGAUUAUAUUCGGAUGUUGAAACUCCGUGCCCGCGUGUUUCAAACAAUUGCAACUUCCUCAAUCUUGCUCACCACUAAGAUUCGCCUCAGACGCAACAGAGAGUCUCUUUGGACCAAGGAUGCUGAGAGGCUGAUGGCUUUGGACUUUCUCACGACGGGUGGAGAACGCGUCGUCUCACUGGUAUCUUCAUCACACAUCAUGCCCGAUUCAACCAAAGAAGGAGUAUCAAACUUCGUCUCUAGGGUCUUACCGCCAGCUGUCGCUGCAGCGCGGCAGGCCGACCUUGCCGAGCAUGAGCGGCAAGACGCCAUCCACAGCCAGUCAAUCUACGACCCGUCCGGGCUGGAUGCGACUCGAAGUCAAUCAGAAGAUAUCUUUACCGAACAAAUCGCGAGCUUUUUGUUGAAAUCCUUACGCGAACAUGUUUUUGCGAGAUUGUCCGCCACGGGGACAACAGAGAGGGUGCGCAUGACCACCGGGGCCGCAGAAUUUCUGGCCCGUAUUGGCAUGCCGGAGUUUCUAGAGGAGGUCAAUCGAAUGGUAACCUUGCUGGAGAAGAUCCGCACCGUCGAUCUCAAGGCUCACGGGCGGUGGUAUGACCAGAUUGCGGAUGGCGUUGGUGCUUGA